AUGGUCAAGCAGAUGCAGGACGUGUUCUAUGACCGGGAGUACUUCGCCGUGGAGUAUUCGGGCAACCCCGACUUCGUCAAGCUGGCCGCGGCCUACGGAAUAGACGGGAUGCGGGUAACGCGCAAGGACGAGGUGGACGACGCCGUGCGCCACGCAAUGGAGGUAUCCGGUCCGGUCAUCAUCGACUUUGUAGUCAAGGCUGACGAACAGGUCUAUCCGUGGAUUCCCGCCGGCGAAUCGGUACACGAGAUGAUUGAGGUGCAGCCAACCCGGGGAGGUCCCUACUAG